GCCUCCACCUCACGUGACGCGCGAUUCCCCCACUGGCGCCGCGGCAGAGCAAAUUCAGUAAACACAUUCACUAAAACAAUCCCCCAUCCGGCUCCAACAUGGCAACCAAAUGGGGCAUCUGUAGCGCUGGGAAGAUCAGCCACGAUUUCGUCGUGGCCUUGAAGACUCUGCCUGCUGAGGACCACCAGGUGGUGGCUGUGGCCGCCCGCAAUCUGCCGGAUGCCCAAGACUUCGCCAAAAAAUUCGGCAUCUCGAGAGUUUAUGGGAACUACGAAGAACUUGCAAAAGACCCGGAGAUCGAUGUGGUGUACAUUGGAUCCAUUCACCCCUGCCACCUACAGCUGGGUGAGCUCUUCAUGAACUCCAAGAAAAAUGUACUGUGUGAGAAACCACUUGCCAUGAACUCCAGGGAGGUGGAGCUGCUGGUCACUGCAGCCAGGAAGAACCAGGUCUUCCUGAUGGAGGCCGUGUGGACGCGUUUUUUCCCCGCAUCCCUGGAGAUCAGCCGGCUGUUGGCCCAAGGUGCGGUGGGAGAGGUGAAGAUGGUGAAGGCUGACUUCGGCUUUCCGCUGAAGCACGUGCCCCGUGCAGUGGAGAAGGAACUGGGUGGUGGGGCGCUGCUGGACAUCGGGAUCUACGGCCUGCAGUUUGCCUGCAUGGUCUACCAAGGCGAGAAGCCUGAGUCCAUCCGAGCCACCGGGGUCUGCCUGGACACAGGUGUGGAUGAAGCCAUGGUGCUUGUCCUGACGUUCUCAGGCAACAGGAUGGCCGUAAUCAUCUGCAGCAUUGCUGUGGAGCUUCCCAAUGAUGCCACAAUUAUUGGCACUAAAGGGGUGAUUAAGAUCCCAAGCCACAUGUGGAGCCCUACCUCCCUGAUUGUGAAUGGGAAGGAGACCCAGUACCCGCUCCCGGAACCCUCGGUCCCCCUCAACUUCAUAAACAGCACCGGCAUGCGCUACGAGGCGGAGGAAGUGCGUCAGUGUUUGCUCAGAGGUCUCAGAGAGAGCAGCCGGAUGUCACUGGCAGACUCAUACCUUCUGGCUGAUAUCAUGGACGAGGCCAGGCGGCAAGUGGGUGUGGUUUACGACCAGGACACUCACUGACCUCUCCGCCACUUGUCUAUUCAGGUCCCUCCAAUAUGAGCCCUGAACCAGCUUCCCCUUGCAGGACCUCUGCUCAUUAAAGGCCCAUUUUCAGUUUGA